CAAACCUACGAUGGCCGCACACAUGCGCUGGGCUCGUCUGCAAUGCUUUAGCCAAAUCUCCCUUUCGAAAGCGAAGACAAGAUGCUGGGGUGUCCUGUACAGUCAACGUUUGUGUGCCAGCACUUCAGUGCCAGUGCAGCGGCGAUCCAUCGAGAAGAUUCUCGUUGCCAACCGGGGUGAGAUCGCCUGCCGUGUGUUUCGCUCUGCUAGAAAACUAGGCAUUCGCUCAGUGGCAGUCUUCAGCGAUGCUGACCGGAAAGCCAUGCAUGUCACCAUGGCUGAUGAAGCAUACCACAUUGGACCAGCUGCAUCCCAGGAGAGCUACUUGCGCCAAGAUCGUAUUCUGGAGGUUGCCAAGCGCAGUGGCGCGCAGGCAGUCCACCCUGGAUAUGGCUUUCUGUCGGAGAACACUGAAUUUGCCGAGCGCUGUGCUGCCGAGGGGAUUAUUUUUGUUGGGCCUCCAGCUUCGGCCAUUCGUGACAUGGGCAUCAAGAGUACAUCUAAGGCCAUCAUGUCAGCAGCCAACGUGCCUAUCAUUGAGGGUUACCACGGAGAGGAACAGUCGGAGGCAAAGCUCAAGGAAGAGGCACGUCGAAUUGGGUACCCUGUCAUGGCCAAAGCAGUGCGAGGUGGUGGAGGCAAGGGUAUGCGUAUUGUGAUGAGCGAAGAUGAGUUCGACACGCAGCUUGAGUCCGCAAAACGUGAGGCUAUGAAGUCCUUUGGUGACGAUGCCAUGCUGAUAGAGAAGUUUGUGGCUGACCCAAGGCAUGUAGAGGUGCAAGUGUUUGGAGACCAGCAUGGCAACUAUGUGUACCUUUUUGAACGAGACUGCAGUGUUCAGCGGAGGCACCAGAAAGUCAUCGAGGAAGCCCCAGCUCCCGGUGUGACUGAGGAAACUCGUCGACUGCUGGGUGAAGCAGCCGUGCGAGCAGCUCAGGCUGUGAAUUACGUGGGUGCCGGGACAGUUGAAUUCAUCAUGGACUCUCAGCAGCGCUUCUACUUUAUGGAGAUGAAUACUCGUCUCCAGGUGGAACAUCCCAUCACCGAGAUGAUCACUGGCACUGACCUGGUUGAGUGGCAAAUUAAGGUUGCCCAGGGAGAGCCACUGCCACUGCGGCAAGAGCAGCUGCGUGUCAACGGCCACUCCUUUGAAGCACGUAUCUAUGCCGAGGACCCAGACAACAACUUCAUGCCAGGUGCCGGCUCUCUUGUGUACCUUCGCACACCAACCCCCUCUGCGCAAGUGCGUAUCGACACAGGUGUACGUGAAGGGGAUGAAGUGUCUGUUCAUUAUGACCCAAUGAUCGCCAAGCUGGCAGUCUGGGGUCCCGACCGGCCUACAGCCCUGCGUCGCCUCUACCAGUCACUGUCCGAGUACACCCUCAUUGGCUUGGCCAACAACAUUUCCUUCCUGAUGCGGCUAGCAGCACACCCAGCCUUCCGCCAAGGCCUUGUGCACACCGGCUUCAUCUCUGAACACAACGAUGAGCUGUUUGUGCGUCCCGAGGUGAGCAAGCCUGUCAUCUGUGCAGCCGUGCUGUCCCUCCUGGCCCAUGAGAGGGCCGAGACACUGGGUGCCCAAGCACGUGAAAGCUUUCCAACGCUGAAUUUCACGGCCCCUUUUCGUGUUAACAGUAACUGCAAGCGGAAAGUCCAGCUGACAAGCCGAGACAAGAAGCAUGAUGUGCUGGUGACGUUCCUCGAGCCCGACUCGUACCUGAUGCGUUGUGGAGACGAAGCCUUCCAGGUGUUGGGGCGUGCUGCAAUUGAGCGUGGGGUAGCUCACGUGGAAUGCGAAGUCCAAGGCACUGACAUCAAGAUUCGCACAGUACUCCAUGACGGCACGCUUCAUGUCUUCACUGCAGACGGCGUAGAACCUAUGUCCGUGCCAACGCCGGCGUACCUUGAGAACGCUGGAGGCGCUGGUGGUACAGGCAAAAAGGGUGCAGUGGCCCCAAUGCCAGGCGUGGUUGAGAAGCUCUUCGUUAAGGAGGGAGACACCGUCUCCGAGGGUGACCCACUCGUCGUCAUGAUUGCGAUGAAAAUGGAGUAUGUCAUCAAGGCAGCCACUGCAGGUGUUGUUGAGAAGUUGCUCUACAAGGCAGGGGACAAUGUGGCCAAGAAUGCUGAACUAGUGAAGAUCAAGGCUGCCGAGAGCUGAGGAAGGCUUUCCACGAUAGCCUCGGCUGCCCUUGUGUAAUUUUAGACAUGCAUUUAUCUUGCUAUUAGCCUCUCGCAAGUGGGUCUAAACGUAAGUGUUCAACUUGUGCUUUCAAAAAUUUCGUGUUGUAUGCUGAAAUUGUAACUCUCAUGUGUUCGCUUGAUUCUUCUCCUUUCCUUUCCGUUUUACUCAAUUUCAGCGCUUUUAAUUGUGAGAUGAUUAUUUCACUGCGUAUGUUCAGCAUCUCUCCCAAGUUACGACGCAGCUCAGUGUUCGCGUUUCGCAUUCCUGAAUUUGAUUUUGAAGGUGCAGGUGUCUUUUUGAAAUUUUUUUCUGCGACUAUCACUAUCCAUUGUCACAAUAGAUUUAUAAACUGCUUGUAUGGGAGCGGGCAAGAAAAGUAUGCAAAGACAAUAUGAGAUUAACUUUGCUGAUAUAGUAUCAGUGCUGUGGAAGCUAAUGGUGUUGCAUCUUAGAAAAUUUUGUGAAGUAUUGUACUAUAUACGAAUACAUGUAUAUAUAAUAUAUAUAUAGAUAUGAAAUAUGUUGUCUGGACAUUACAAGGAGAGAGUGUGCACUUCAUUUGUUCGAAGUACUGUGCA